GAGGAGCGCAGGCCACCAAGUUGAUAAGGACUUUUCAACGAUGAGUUUGUUAGUUCGAUUCCGUCCGGCGGAUGAACUCCAUCUGUGCGCAACGCCCCAUAAAACUUCAGCCUAGCUGCCAGGUCAGGCGCACCUUAGCCUUGACGGUGGGCCGCUCGGACCGCCGACGACCCCGCCAUCUUACUCUCUUAUCUGUCAGCCGGUAACUACAUAUUAUGGUCUUCCAUGUCGGAUGUCGUCGCCAUAGCUUCGGUAUUGCAAAGCACACGUCGGUCUCUACGAUGACCUUGGAUUUCAGCGGCCAUGUUAUUUCUUUCUGCGCGCUCUAUGACGCCUCCAAUCUGCCCAAGCCAUAGUCAAUGGCAUCAUCCACCAUCCCUUUCAAUGUUGGUAGCUGGCCUCUCCCAUUAAUCCAAUCGGAAACCAUGAAGGCAACAGGAAAUGCGGCAACAGUUCAAUCUCGAGCGUGCAGGUCGCCGCUCUAGCGUCGUACUGAGCAAGCGAGACAUGUCUCGAAGCUCCUUGAUAGGACCGCCAAGGUCGGCCAACGGAACUUUGCAUUGUAUGCGGGAUAUUCGUCGUCUACCCGAGCUUGAGCUUGUGACACAGUCCUGCUCUCGCGUCGGCCCCUUCCUGACCAUUGUCUUGAUGUGUGUCAUUGCAGGUGGCCUUGUCUGUCCUUGCUUGUGCAUCAUGCAUUGCUUACAAAACGCCGCUAUUUUCAUUGCCCACUCCUUGUAUCGCUCAAGACCCACGGUGACUUUAACAUCGGCUCGUGGACUAUCCGUAGUCCGUUCUGGUCAACCCGCGUGGCUCAAACCGUACCCAUAUAUGGCGUCGUGCUCUAAUAGAAUGAAGAUUGGUGCUCGCUCCACUAGACCGUUAGGGACGUUGGUCGACGCCUUGGCAUGAUUGUGGCCAAGCUCACGCGCAUUUUCAAGCUGGUAACAGGAGUAGGAAGGUUGCUCCAGGACAGAAUCAGGCCAGAAUCAGAGGCAUCCUGGUACAAGAUGGGUUACAGCUACAACGACACGAUGGCUAGAAUAGAGGAGGGGGUCUUUGUAGACCUCGAUGGCUUGGCAUCUGUUAGAAAAAGAAACGAGCAGCAUGCUCGU